AUGCAGCUCAACAUCAUCAGCAAUGUGGAGGAAACCCUGAGGGGCUGUCCUAUUCCUGACGACACUCCGGCCAACCGCGUGUUCAUUCCUGAAGCGAUCCGUCCACUUGUCCUGGAGUGGGCUGACUCAUCCCGUCACGCCUGUCAUCCUGGGGUGAGGCAUUCGCUGGCUCUCCUGGGCCGCCACUUCUGGUGGCCAUCCAUGAAACCUGACUUUGUCACCGCCUGUCCUGAAUGCUCCUGGGGGUCCAGCAACCAGCAGCACAAGGGGCUCCUCCAACUGCUGUCUGUUCCCCGUCACCCUUGGUCCCAUAUAGCCCUGGACUUCAUUACCGGUCUACCCAUCGCAAAGGGAAUGUGUAUUGUUCUGAUGGUGGUAGACCGGUUCUCUAAGUACGGGCACUACAUCGCCCUACCUAGGGCCCACUCCCCCAAGGAGACUGCUGAACUCCUCGUCCUUCACGUCUUCCGCCUGCACGACCGAGGCCUUCAGUUCUCCAGUCAGUUCUGGAAGGUGACUCACAUAACAAAGAAGACCAUGUGUGACCAUGUUGUAUUGUAUGUCCAACUCUGCAGGCAAAGCUCACGGCGCCCUUUCAGGCUCCUGUUCUUCCAAGCUUGCAUAGCUCUCUUAUCAUUCAUCGGCUCUCCAGCUUUGGGACAGCCGGAUCUCAACAGACUGGAUGGGGACACAGUAUGUCCCACCAUGAGAAAUGGACAUGAUGACCUUCCAGGGUUUGAUCUGAUCACGCAGUUCCAGCUGGAUGUCAUUCCUCUAAAAGGUGUGCGGAAGGUGGACGGGUCGACGCCACUUCAGGUGGCAUACCGUCUCGAUAGGGAGGCUAAUUUUCAAAUUCCAACAAGGCUGAACUUCCCCCGGGGAUUUCCGGAGGAGUACUCCUUCAUGGCCACGUUCCGUAUGAUCAAGAACACGGUCAACAAGGUGUGGAGCGUAUGGCAGGUGGUGGACGAGGACGGGGUCAAGCAGGUGGGGCUGAGGCUAAACGGCGACCAGCAGGCCCUGGAGUUCUUCCUCAUCGGGAUGGACGGCGACCUACAGACCGUCACCUUCCCCGGCCUAUCCGUCCUCUUCAACACCAAGUGGCACAAGGUGAUGGUGGGUGUGGAGAGGGACCAGGUCACCCUUUACCUGGACUGCCAGCCUGUCAACAGCAAGCCCAUCAAGGGUAAAGGCCCCGUCAACACUGAGGGGGACACCCUCAUCGGGAGGCUGGACUCCGACCCCAACACUUCUGUGGUGUUUGAACUCCAGUGGAUGUUGAUUCACUGUGACUAUAAGAGGGCCCAGAGAGAGAGCUGUUCUGAACUUCCCCAAACUGAGAUGUUUCCCAAUGCUGAGCCUGACAAGCAGAUCCCAGGCCCUGCUGGUCCUAUGGGCCCUGAGGGGCCAAGUGGGCCCAAAGGAGAACGUGGCAGAGAUGGGCAAGAUGGACACCCAGGCCAGCCUGGCUCUCAUGGCGCUCCUGGCAGCAAAGGAGAACAGGGUGAGAUUGGGCUGCCUGGACAGAAGGGACUUCCAGGGCUCGCAGGACCAGCAGGAGAAGAUGGGCCAAUGGGGCCUAGAGGACCUGUAGGUGAAAGAGGACUUCCUGGUUUUCCUGGUCCAGCAGGUCCUCCAGGACCCGAGUCCGUUGGACCACCUGGACCUCCAGGAAAACCAGGUGAAGCCGGGGACCCUGGGAACAUAGGGCCUGACGGUCUCCCAGGACUAAAUGGUGACGCAGGACUACCGGGUCGACCUGGACCACCGGGACCACCAGGACCUGUGGGCCCACCCGGACCCCCCAGCCCAGAGGGAACUGCGGAAUCGUGCCAAGCUGCAUGUCCCGCAGGACCUCAAGGAAAUCCAGGGAUGCCGGGAAUCAAGGGUCACAAAGGGAUCCAAGGAUAUCCAGGGGAGCCAGGAAAACCUGGACAAAAGGGAGAACCAGGACCCUCUGGUGUGCAGGGCCUGCCAGGACGGACAGGAAGUGAGGGGCAAAGGGGACCAAUUGGACAUCCUGGUUCCACUGGGGAGAAAGGAGAUGUGGGCCCCCCGGGCUUCAAUGGGAUUCCUGGACCUACAGGCCCACCCGGCUCUCCUGGCAUAGAAGGCAUUCGAGGACGUCAGGGUCCGGAAGGUCCCAAAGGCGAUGAAGGUGCAGUUGGCACUCAAGGAGAACAGGGGGCUCCUGGCCAGAAAGGUGACACCGGAGAACCAGGAAAAGAUGGUGCGGAUGGUAUUUCUGGAGUAAAUGGUGCCAAGGGAGAGCCUGGUUUGCCUGGGGCACUGGGUAUCAGGGGCAUUGUUGGAAUUCCGGGAUUACCAGGGAAAAAAGGUCUUACAGGACCUUUGGGUGAAAAGGGGGAGAUUGGGCCUCAGGGAUUGCCAGGCCCACUCGGACCACCUGGCAAGCCUGGGGAAGACGGCAAAGCAGGAGAAGACGGAGUACCUGGCGCGAAGGGAUCCACCGGCGAAUCUGGAAAACAAGGACCAGCAGGAGCCUUGGGCCUUCCAGGACUCAAGGGCGACAAAGGGGAUGAUGGGGAAAUUGGUCCCCGUGGCAUCAAAGGCCAUACAGGACCUAGGGGAGAACAGGGCCCAAUCGGUCCUGUUGGUCCAAAAGGAAGUGAGGGUGCUCCAGGAGCUGUUGGUGAUAUUGGAGUUAAAGGUGAUAUGGGUCCCCCUGGUGUCCCUGGAAUUAAAGGAGAGCCAGGAGCAAAAGGAGAAGGGGGCAACAAGGGACCAGUCGGGAUGCCGGGUCAACCAGGUCACGAAGGACUGACAGGACCAAUUGGGCCCCGGGGGCUGGAGGGAGAGAGGGGCAUGCCUGGGUCUCCUGGACCACGCGGCCUACCUGGUCCCAAAGCAAACGAAAACAAAAUCCGUGAGAUCUGCGGCAGCAUUAUUGAAGAGCAAUUGGCUGAGUUUAAAAAAGAAGUCCUGAAAAUCCCAGCAGCCUUGGGAGCUCCUGGAACUCCGGGGCCAGUGGGCCCCCCUGGUCCACCGGGCCCUGCUGGCACAGCAGGGACGCCUGGACUCCGGGGUCUGAUGGGCGCCAUGGGGCCACAGGGAUUUCACGGAAUUCCAGGACAGAAAGGUGACGUAGGCUCAAAGGGAGAGAAAGGAGACAAUGGUGAGAAUGGAGUGGGUGUUGAAGGAAGUCCAGGAGAGCCAGGUCCACCAGGUGAACCUGGGGCCCCAGGAUUUGGGAAGGACGGCAGGGACGGGGCCCGUGGACAUACCGGAGUUCCAGGGACCCCGGGCAUACCAGGUACCAGGGGGCCUGCAGGAUCGCCCGGGCUGUGUGAUCCGUCAAACUGUUAUGGGAGACCCCUGCCCAUGUUCAUGCCCAUGGGCGGGAAGAAAUCAUCCAGCAUGAAGGGCCCAUGA